GAAAGAUGACAGCUUUCUUUUAGUCACAAUUUAACAGACGUUCCCGUCAGGACUUUUAUUUUAGUUUGUCAAUAUGACGUGAUAGAUGGUCGCCGCGCUCCCGGCGCGCGUGUGAUUCUCCAGAAAAAGAGUCCCAAGCUGGAAAACCUCCUGCUGAAAUAUCUUGACAAUAUAAGAUCAAGAUGGUGUUUAUUAAAGAGGAGAGUGAAGAUGUGAAGGUCGAAGAAACAUUCAGUGUUAAACAUGAAGAUCCUGAGGAACAAGCAGACCUGAUGCUGCCAAAAGAGGAGAGUGAAGAAUUGAAUAGCACGGAAGAUACAUGUCUAAAUGAGGAACAUAAUUAUAGCAUUGUGGUAGACAAAUCUUUGAGUUGCCCACAGAUCUCGCGUAAAAGAGUUCAGCCGAAAGAAACCAGAACUCCUGUCACUUGUAAACAGUGUGGAAAGAGUUUCAUUCGAAACGGAAGCCUUAAGAUCCACAUGAGAGUUCACACAGGGGAGUGUCCGUACGCCUGUCUACAGUGCGGGAAGAGUUUCACUCAGCAAGGAAGCCUAAAAGUCCACAUGCGAAUUCACUCCGGUGAGAGGUCUUUCAUCUGUCAGCAGUGCGGGAAGAGCUUCAGUCAGAAGGGUAGCCUCAAAAUACACAUGAGGAUACACACUGGAGAAAGCCCGUUCGCUUGCCGAGAAUGCGGGAAAAGCUUCUCCCGUAAAGCAUGCCUCGAAAGCCACGCAAGAAGUCACACCGGAGAGAAGCCGUUCGCCUGCCCUCGAUGUGGGAAGAGUUUUACACGGAAACCCUCCCUUGACGGCCACAUGAAAGUUCACACAGGACAGAGUCCGUUCGUCUGUGAAGACUGCGACAAGAGCUUCUCGCAAAACGGAAAUUUUAAAGCUCACAUGAGGAUUCACACCGGAGAGAGACCGUUCAUCUGUGGGCACUGCGGAAAGAAAUUCCGAGGUAGAGUGAAUCUCAACUACCACGUGAAGAUUCACUCAAGGGAGGACUGCUUCGUAUGUCAUCCGUGCGGAAGGAGUUUCUCAAACAGCGCACGCUUCAAAAGACACCAAGGGCUUCAUGCCACAGGCGAGCUUUUCACAUGUGUUCAGUGCGACAAGGGUUUCCUGUCGGACGAACGCCUGAAACGCCAUUCGAAAACUCAUUCUGGAAAGAAAGCACAGCGCUCUGGAUGUGGAAAACGUUCUGGGAGAAGGAGAACAUUCAACCAUUGCCGCUCACGAUGAAAGCUAAUCAACUGUGGUCAGUGUGAAUGAAUGUAUUUCGAUGCCACACUCAAAAGAUACACCUUGUGUGCUAGGAGAUGGCUCAGCAGUAAAUCUAUGGCUAUGGAUACUAUGGAUAGCAUCGAAUAUCCUACAGUUUCAACAUAUUUUUCAGCUGCCGUGUGCCCACAGCGUGUGCCAUCAUUCUGUACAAGGAAGCUCAUCUGGUGACCGCUUCAAUCCACUUCUAGAUGCAGGAUAUCAGUCUGUGACACAAGUGUCAAACUCAGUUCCAACCCUGAUUAAACACAGCUAAUCAAACUAAUUGAGUUCUUCAUUCUUGUUUGAUACCUACAGAUGGAUGUGUUGAAGCAGGGCUGGGACUAAACUCUGCAGGGUUGCGAGUUUUACACAGUCCUUGUCUAUGAUUUGAUUGUUUACUGACUUGUUAGUUAGUCGAGUGUAACGGAGGCCAGCUAGUGAGUGCUGUGCAGGUAAACCUCACUCCUCUGACCACUAA